AUGCAGAACAAGGCCGUCGACCCGUCGGAGAUGGACAAGAGCAAGGUCUACGUGCAGAUCGGCGCCGUCAAUCCGCACGCCGACUCGUCGCGUGUCACGCCCCACGCCCGCAACUUCCACAUCAAUUCGUUCAUUUUCGAGACGGGCUACACGGCUCAGGGCAAGAACGUGGCGGAGGGUCUGGCGCGACAGCAGAAGAAGAAGAUCAUGUUCAAGACCAGCCUCUGCUUCCCCUACAUCCUCGCCCGCCUCCCCGUCGUGUCCACCGAAAACGUCAUCCUCACUCCCCUGGAGAAUGCGGUGGAGCUCAUCGAGAACCGUGUGGCGGCGCUGCGAGAACAGCUCGAGACCAAUCCCCCGCGCCUCAACGCCCUUCACUCGGUCAUCCAGGGCUCCGUCGUCACCAUGGUGAACGAGGGGCCGCUCAAGAUCUGCGAGACCUUCCUUCCUCCUGGCGCCAUCGACCCCGACACCGGCAAGCCUUACGACCCUCAGCUCAUCGCCCACCUCAAAGAGCACAUGUCCGCCUUCGUGCGAAUGUGCGGAUUCGCGAUUCGUCUGAGCAAGUCACUCAUCUCGUCAGAGCACAUCCCCUUCCAGAACAUGGUGGAGACCAAGUACCUGCCCCUCAAGGAGACGGUCUCCAAGUACAUCGAAGAACAGUGA